UUGUUUGCAAUGUGCCAAGUCAUGUCGUGUGUCGAUUUUCUGUUCAAAAUUCGGUUGAAAUGAAGACUUUUUGGGUGAUAACAAGAGGAAAUCUGGUCCAGCCCGGCGACACGCAUCGGCCGAGUUCAGUUUGGGCUUUGUUCCCAGCGAAAAGCAGCAGCAGUUGUGGCUAAUUGUUGUGGCGAGCAUAAUUUGGUGUCCGGCGAGAGGUCAUCAACUCGGCUCGCGGUGCCACAACAACGAAGACUGCACGCUGGAAAUGUCCGGCGGGGUCAUGUGCGACGAGGGCCGCUGCGAAUGUCUGCCUCAUCACGUGCCACUCAACAGAAGCACCUGCAUACAAGUUCCGAUUUCAGCAAGUCUCCUUGGAUUUGACUGUUUGCUUGACUCGCAAUGUAAAGACCGAGUGGAAAACAGUUCUUGCGUGAACGGCUCUUGUAGGUGUGAUGCAGGUUUCAUCCCUUUCAAGCGGCACGCCUGUCUCCCCCCGGCGAAACUGGACCAAAUUUGUUACUCGGAGGAGCAGUGCCGGCUGUGGGAUUCGGACUCGACGUGUGACUACAUCAUUCCCAAUGUCAUCGGCCGGUGCCAUUGCACGCCUGCAUCGCGGCAGCUCGGGGUCCAAUGCUUGCCAAGGACCGCCAAUAAUAACAACAAUAAUGACAUUGUUGAAGUUGAAACAGUCGACACAUCAUCACUAAUCGUCACGACCCCUGUUAGUUUGGGUCUCCGUUGCAUUUCCGACUCGCAGUGCUUAAGUUCGGACCCAAAUUCGCGUUGCCUGAACGGGAUUUGCGAUUGCAAGUCCAACAACGGCUCGGCAGUUCCGCACUGCAGCGCCCUCAACACCGGCUGCUACCCUGGCACCUUCCAGUGCAGGGCGACUGGGCAGUGCAUCAGUUGGUUUUUCGUGUGUGACGGUCGGGCGCAUUGCGCGGACGGUUCGGACGAGGACGGCUGCAAUGGGCCGCAAUGUCCACCCCUGAGUUUCAAGUGCAAGAGCGGAGGUUGCGUCAGCAGAGCCUCCCUUUGCGACGGGGUCAACGACUGCAAAGGUGGCGAGGACGAAAUGGGCUGCCAUGGACAAAAAACUUGUCCAUCUUUUACUCUGAAGUGCAGAGGAGUGGACACGAAGUGCCUGCCUGAGUACGAACUCUGCAACGCGGUCAAGGGUUGCGCUGAUGGAAGUGAUGAGUUGAGGUCGGUUUGCCGAGGGAAAAGAGGAAGAGGCAUACCCGGCGUCACAAAUACUGCCAACUGCCCGUUCAGGUGCGCCAAUGGAAGGUGCCGGUCCUCAGCAGUGGUCUGCUCAGGGAGGGAUGGCUGCGGAGAUAAUUCUGACGAGGACCAGUGUGCAAUUUGCAAGUGUCCAACGUCAUGAGAAUAUACAAUUAAUUAAUUAAUUUAUAAGUUUUGCCUUAAUUAUUGUAAAUUUAAGAGAAUUAAAAUGUUGAAAAAUUGAGUUUUCAAGAAA